AUGGCUGGAGCUGCGGCUUCACCGGCGCGGAAGCGGGCCAAACGUGGGGCUGCUUCGGCGGUGGAUGCGCUGGAGCUGACGCGGCAGAUCACAGACCUCGUGCCUGCUGCUUAUUGGAGCGCCUCCAAGCUGCCGCCAUUGUGCAUGCAGCACCAUCUGACCGCCCUGAACGUCGAGCAAACUGCUGUUCAACGUAGCUUGGAUGCUUUGAAGCGCAAGGGGGAUAUUCUCAUGUUUCAUCUGGGAGGCCCGCACAGCGACGUUCUUGUGCGAACCAACGAUUAUCUAGCACACAUUGAGCUCUGCACUCAGCGAGUUCGCGCGGAUGAUCAACGAGUCUUUGCCCUCUUCAAAACCAUUGCCGCUCAAAAUGCCCUCAAACGGUCUAUUACUCAGGUCGUCUUGGAAGGCGACUAUCGGCUCGUCGAAGAAGAAAUUCAACUCUUGCAACGGGCUGGGUUCCUAACGCUGCGUGACGGUGACUCUUAUUGGUUUGCUGUUCCCAGCGUUGGCUCAUAUGUUGCUGACUUGGCUGCUGGUCAGCGCAUUCUCCUUGACCGUAUCAAGCGGAAAAAGUUCAAAGAAUGCUAUGCCACUGAUCUUCUCGCUAUCAAGUCUCGCAAAAUUCGCUUGCCCCUGCGUCUGCACUUGCUGGACCUGAUUGGCGCCGAACGAGUCGAAACCUUUGAUACAUCGUCUGGCCGCCUCCUGCGUCUGACACGCUUGUAG